AUGAAGCUCGUCAGGUUUCUUAUGAAAUGUGCGAACGAAUCUGUCACGAUUGAACUCAAGAAUGGGACUAUAAUUUCCGGCACCAUCACCUCAGUAUCACCUCAGAUGAACACGGCGCUGCGAGCAGUCAAGAUGACGACGAGAAACCGCACGAAUCCUCUUGCGCCGAGCGAGACCAUCAGCCUGGACACCAUCAACAUCCGCGGUUCGACCAUCCGAUACUACAUCCUGCCUGACUCCCUACCUCUAGAUACACUACUUAUAGAUGAUCAACCGAAGCCGAAGAACAAGGCACGGAAGGAGGGCGACUCGCGGGGCCGAGGCCGGGGCGGGCCCAGAGGUCGUGGAAGAGGGGGCGGGCGCGGCCGUGGUAGAGGCAGAGGCUUCUAA